CCUAAAACCGUUCAGCAUCACUACUACUAGUACCAGUAGUUCUUAAACGGUAGACCGCUUUUAUGGUGCCAUAUUCAUGGCCACCCUCUCAUCGGACGUCUUGCGCAAAUUUGCUAGACUCUUUGCACAGUUGUUGAAAUCUUCACUUCGCCGAGCAUGCUAUACAUUGCGCAUUUUCUAUGCCCUGCUUCGUAGGCUAGGAAGCAUGCGUGUUCGCUUCUGCAAUGAUACCCAUUUUGCUGGAACACUCCAAGAAGAGUUGCGCCCUGCAAUAUGUGGGAGCGGCUUGCCUGCGAUCCACUUACCUCCGACAGAUGUCAAUUGGCCUGGUGGCCGACCACACCGUACGCUCGCAGUACCGGCGGACAUUGCAUACCCGCAACAUCCAUUGUAUAUGACACCACCUUCACACCUCAGUUCCAGAGACAGCUUCAGCACCGGGACUGUAUCUGAUGUCCAAGUAUCGAAUGCUAACGUUGACAGUGGACAAGCUCGAGUCUUCCUAGAAACGAACACGUCAACAGGCGAGCCGCAAUUUGUCUUCUUGAGGCAUGCUGAGCCACCAGAGUACAUCGCACUGCUAUCGAUCAUACCGAACGACGUCAAGCGCUAUGAUAGGAAAAUUAAAAUGAAAUGGGUUGAACCGAAUCACAUCGUCAUCACUCCGACCGACAGCAAGUAUGUGGAGUAUGUGUUCACCAACAGUUUCUGUGUCUUGUCAUCUUCAUAAUACAUGCAUCUAGGGAGGUGCAAAAUGGAUGGCAU